UCACUGGUAUAACUCACGCAGAUCGACGACAGAAGUUGAACUUCAUCAUUACAGUUACAUGGCGGUUUUCCCCUGUAUAUCGAGGGUUUCGAGGAUUUGGUGACGACAGCGCUCUGUCCCUCGAAAGGCCAACACAUUUGGGUCUAUUUGGCGAAGCAGUCCUGCGAGCUUUGACUGUCACUGUACCUGUCCGAGGUUCUGAAACUGACCGGAAAACGAGCUUCGGGUUCCCAUGACUCGGUGUGGAGGACUGCACCUGACUUUGUUCACAAGCGACACAUCAGCAGCCGGACGAGAGCAGUUCAUGAGAAAGUAGCUGCCCGUGCUUUGAGUGGGAUCUUUUUGUUUGUUUGUUUGUUUUAGAUUAUUUUUAGUUUGAAAAACGGUGAUUUAUUAUUAUUUUUUUUUUAAAUAACCGUGCUUUUAUCGCUUGAGAAGAGAUGGCAAGAAGGGGAUAACUCGAUCGCCCUGAAUUAAAGGUCGAUCUAGACUUUACUGCUGGACAAUGCCUGAUGCACAGAUGCUGGUUUAACGUAUGAUUCUAUCUCCGCUGCAUUCAUAAUGGAAGUGUCAACAAACGGGUCAGGUUUUGGGAUCGAAUCUCUGCUCUCGCAUAGACCCGCGAGUCCGUGUAUUUCAAAAGGAGACGGCUUAUUAGGGGAGUGCAGGUCUCCGACUUUAAGCCCGCGCUCAGACCUGGACAGCGACUGCUCGUCACCCCCCUCACCGAGACGAGAUUCGGUGGAAGACGCGGUGCAAAGGCAUUCUCGCACUUUAGGACUCGAGUCCCCGUUACAGAUAUCUCAGCCACGGACGGUGACCUCUUCUUUCCUAAUUCGAGACAUUCUGGCGGACUGCAAGCCCCUGGCCGCCUGCGCGCCCUACUCCAGCGACGGCCCGUCAGCGCACGAGGUCGAAGACUACAUAGAAAAGCUUCACAGCAAUUCGUCGUCGGAUAGCGAAUACCGGGUAAAAGAUGAAGCAGAUCGGGAAAUAUCUAGCAGUAGAGAAAAUCCCUCAUCUCGGCUUAAGAAGCCAAGGAAAGCACGUACCGCGUUCACCGACCACCAGCUAGCCCAGCUGGAGCGCAGCUUCGAGCGCCAGAAAUACCUAAGCGUGCAGGACAGGAUGGAGCUGGCGGCGUCACUCAGCCUCACCGACACACAGGUCAAAACGUGGUACCAAAAUCGAAGGACAAAGUGGAAGCGACAGACAGCAGUCGGACUGGAGCUUCUCGCGGAAGCGGGCAAUUACUCUGCUCUUCAAAGAAUGUUUCCGUCGCCUUAUUUUUAUCCCCAAAGUCUUGUAUCCAACUUGGAUCCCGGAGCCGGACUUUAUUUGUACAGAGGUCCGUCUGCACCUCCGCCGCCGGUGCAGCGGUCGCUUGUACCGAGAAUUCUCCUGCAUGGUGUUCAGGGAGGCGGGGAGCCGGCUCUUCCCUCGUUGCCCGGUGUGUUAGCGCGACCGACCCCGCAGCGAUGAACUGCCCUAGGAACUGCCUCUCAACUCCUCAGGAAUGAUCAGGUGCGCUUGGGUAUAUUCGGUCACAGAACACGCGUAAUUACAGACGGCCGAAGUUAUUUUGCAACGCGCGGAAGACGAAUGUUAGGUGUCUGACAAUUUUUAAAUAAUAUACUUGACAAACUUGCUCUAAAGUUUGUAUAAAGCUCUGUUUCAAAGCUCCUCUAAAGCCUUCUGACUGGCCCUUGAACCCACCGGCAACAAGCUUGCUACUCCCAAAAGGAACGAAAGGGAACUGAGGACUUGUACACCAAAAUCUCUUAUUACACA